GUGAGCGCGGAGGCGGCGGCAGAGGCAGUGGGCGUGUGCGGCCGCUCGCCGGUCCUCUCUGUCCUGGUGAGAUGCUGGUUUGGGAGAGGUCAAAAAUAAGGAGAAUGCUAUCUUAAGUAAAAAAAAAAAAUCUAUUACAUUUGUUUAAUACCACUUAAAUGAAGAGAGAGAAAAAAACAACCAAAAUUUCAAUUGGUAAUUAUUCCAUUCAGACACUGGAGACAAUGUUACUCAAUCCAAGUCGACCUUCCUCAUCAGAGUUGGUGGAACUUCAUGUUUUUUAUGUCCCUGAAGGAUCAUGGAACUAUAACUUAAAUACUGUUUCACUGGAGGUUAUUAAUGAAUUUGUUUCUGCUGGAUUUAUAAGAGUAUCUCCUCAACUUACCUUACAAGCCUUGAGGGAGCACCUUGGUGAUUUUCUUGGUGAAGAUGCUGUUGCAGAAAAAUUUUUAUUUCUGAAAUGCAUUGGAAACAAUUUAGCUGUGGUGACAGAAAAGCAAGAAUCAGAACUGAAACUGAAAUCAUUUGCUUCUCCAUACGCUCUUCAACCAGAACUAUAUUUGCUUCCUGUAAUGGACCACUUAGGAAAUGUUUAUUCAGAGCCAUCAACAGUUACUUUAGAGGAGCAACAGAUUAAUAAUGAUAUUGCUGAGGUUGAUGAAACAAUCCACCAACCAGUUAAUGUAAUUUUGUCAAUGGAUGAACCUGGAAGAGAUCCCAAUUUCUUCGUAAACACUUUAAAAGACCUUAACGAUUAUCCAGAAGAAGUCUCAGCUGAGGAAAAAGUCACUGUAAAAGAAAAUCAGACUGCAAAAAAUCACAUUGGAAAUUUUGAAAUACCAGGCUCUUUGGAAGAGUCAAGUGAUUACUGUAGCAACGAACAAAGUCAGUUACUUUGGAAAAACGAAGAUGAUAUAACUAUCGAUAGACAACAGAUCAAUCAGCUAGAUGAAAAAGAGCACAACAUCCUACCAGAUCUCAUUGACUUUCCUUCAUUUCCUUUUCAACCUGUUCUUUCAUCAGGAAUAUCUGAUAGUUCUUUAUUACAAAUGGAGAGACAGAAGAUUAUUGAACAAAUGAAACAAGUAAGGGAAGAAAGAAAAUAUCUGGAAAAUGUUAGAGAAGAACUAAAUAAAAAAGUUGAAAAGCUAUUUGAACAAAGCAAAUUGAAACGAUACCAAGCCUGUGAUAAUUGGAAGAAAAAAUACUUGGAAACAAAGAAAGUCACAUCAUCAUUAGAAGAGGUUUUAACAAAACUUCGAGAAGAUUUGGAACUUUACUAUAAAAAAUUGCUCAUGCAACUUGAAGCCAGGGAGAUCAAGAUGAGACCAAAGAAUUUGGCAAACAUCUCAGACUCUAAGAAUAAUCUUAUAAUCCAGAUCACUGAGGUACAGCAUGCAAUUGACCAACUUAAGAGAAAAUUGGAUACUGAUAAAAUGAAACUCAUAAUAGAAGUUAAGAUGAGAAAACAAGCAAUUUCUGACUUAAGAACAUUGAAAACCGAACUGGCCCAGAAGAAAAUUAGUCCAGCUUUUCACUCUCAAUUAGUUCCUGGAAGUGUGCCUAGCUAGGAGCUUCAGGAAUGAUUUUUAUCUAUGAUGAAUCAGCCAAAGAAUUAACAAGGUAACUUACUUUUCUGCUAUGCAACUGCCCAAUGAAAUAAUUGCAGAAUGGAAAAUUGAAUGUCCCACUGGAUGCAUAUUUUAUUAAACCUUACCACUUAUUCCAAUUUUAGUUCUGAUAAGAUUGAAUUCGUUAAACCAGGUGCUAGUAGCUUACUCAAAAGGCUCAGAUCUGAGAAUCACAGUUCAAAGCCAACCCUGAUAAAGUCCCUGGACUCGUUUCUAAUCAACCACCCAAAAAAAGCCCGAACUGGAGCUAUGGUUCAAGUAGUAGAAUGUCAGCCUUGAGCAGAAUAAACUAAGGGAAAGCACCCAGGCCAGUUUAAGACCCAGUACUGGCACAAUAAAAAUAAUAAAGAUUCAAUCUGAUUAAUACUAGAAGCUUGUGAUAUCACUGAAACCUUAACUGGAUGAACCAACUAAAAAUAUAAAGUGGAGUUGAAAGGUCUGGGUUCAAUCCACAGCAAAAUCCUCAAACAUGUACCUGUGUAUAAAUGGAGAUCACAUAAUCUAGUAUUGAAAAAUA